UUUUUUAACUAGUCCCUCUGAUGGCGGGACUGCUACUGAGGGAGUCUGUUAUUCCCCUUCUAUGUCAUGUUUUCUAUGGUCGACCUUGCAGCUGAUAGUGCCCCCUGUGUACCACAUUUUCCACUUAACCAAUAAUUAGACAGAAGUAAAGAAUUCUCUGUCGAUAUGGCGAGAAACUAUUGAAAAUUAUCAUUUUUUCCAACCUUUCGGCCAAAAUCACAUUGGAUUUUUAAUUAUUUAUUUUUAAAUAAAUGAGAAACUAACAAAACAUUUCAAGCUGAGUACAGGGGUGUACAAACAAUAGGAUUAGUUCAUUUUACGAACAGCAAUCUCCUGUCGGCUAUCUACAUACCGAAUAAUAAAUAAGAGUUUGAGAUACACACGUGGGUCAGUUCAUCGAUUUCUGGUGCACUGCAGUAUUCUGGAUUGGUUAUUGUUUUGAAUAUUGUGUUGCUGGAAAAAUUGCAACAAUGAAGGUCGGAACAGCUAAAGAAAUGGAAGAAGAGCGGCUAAGAACUCUCUACAUUCGUCUGCCCCAUACAAUAAAGAACAUGGACGUCAUUCGUGAUCUGGUUUUUGGUGAUGUUGAUAUAAAACUGCCCAGACAAUCAGGAAGACACUGUCACGUUAUUUUCUCGAGUGUUGAGGAUAAGCUUAAAAAUAUGAAGGCCCUCAAGACGAAGCGCAUCGACAAUAAACCCAUCUUCGUGAAAAAUCCCAAGGUGCAAGAUCCUGAGGUUAAGAAGCAGAAGCAGAAGAAGAUGAAGAAAAUUAAACCAGUAGUGGUGUCCAAACCAAAGGCCCCGGAAAAAGUCACCAAGAUAUGCUUUCUCCACAAAGUCCCGAAGUCAGCAACGGUUAAGGGCCUCAAGGCAUUAUUUCCAGAAGCUAAAAAUAUUUCUAUUCUCUACAAACAGAGGCUACACGAUGAUAUCACUGGAAGAACUGCAAUCAUUAAGUUCAGAGACUUGAAAACAGCAGCUGCCUAUUUAAAUAAGGAACGUCCAAUGCCUCUCUGCAAGGGAGUGCAACUUGAAAUUAAAUGUGACAAAAGGAGGCAGAAAAAUAAGAAGAAGAAGACUGAAACAUUGAAAAUUUACGAUGGAGAUGGUGUUGAGACUGAAGUGAAAGAGAAAGAGGAAGCGAAGAGUAGGCCAGAGGAUGAAGACGAGGUCAAGAGUGAAUCAGAGGAUGAAGAUGAAGUCGGCAGUGAGCAAGAAAACAACGAAGAGGAGGAACCAGCUGGGGAUGAUGAAGAUCCUGACCAGAGUAGCGGGAGUAGUGAGGAGGAAUAAUUUAAUAGGUAUUCAUCUCUUUUACCUUAGAAAGUUUUUGUUUUUAAAUUAACAAAAACAUUGUAUAGUUAUCUUCCAGUACUUCAGAGUUUGUAAAAAAAGAAGAAAGGAAAGAAGAAAAAGAUCGAGCGUUUAACGCAAAGAUAAAAAAUAACCAACGCCUAGAAUAACUGUUUAAUUUUCUGUAUAAUAUUGUAUCUUUUAUUUUUCAUAAUGUUUUUCUUUCAUUCUAACAUGUAGACAUGGAAAUAAAGUUAUGCUCUUUGUAAA